GAAUCCGUCUCCCCCUCCUCCCUCCUCCACACCCGUUUCCCUCGCGGCCCCGACUCGGCCACCGGCCCGGCUGUACGACUCCGGCUCGCGGGCGGCUAUAAAUCGCCCGCCCUUCCCCUCCCGAGCUCCACUCCGUUUCCCCUCGUUUUAAAUCCGAUUCGGCAACCAAACCCACCUGUUACUUCUAACCAGAAGCUAAAUAAAUCCAUAAAUCCGCCGGAAGAGAGACAGAGAAGAGAGAACCCACCGAACAAUCGCGGCGGCGGCGAGAGGCAGGCGACCGGCGGAGCAAUGCCUUACUGCGAGGUGGAUCGGUACCAGGCCGGCGACAAGUGGGAGGGCGUCCGCCUCUUCUACCGCCGCUACGGCCGCGGCGCCACCAAGGUGCUCCUCGUCAUCGGUUUGGCGGGGACGCACGACUCGUGGGGCCCGCAGAUACGGGGGCUGACCGGGUCCAUGGAGCCGGCCGACGGCGGCGACGAGCCCACCGCCGCGCGGACGGACGAGGAGGCCGGCGCCCCCGCCGCCGCGUCGGCGACGGCGACGGUGGAGGAGGAGGACGUCGGCGAGGGCAUCGAGGUCUGCUGCUUCGACAACCGCGGCGUCGGCCGCAGCUCCAUCCCCCCGCACAAAUCCUACUACUCGACAUCGAUCAUGGCGAGGGACGCGCUGGCCUUGAUGGACCAUCUGGGGUGGAAGAAAGCCCACGUCUUCGGCCACUCCAUGGGCGCGAUGAUUUCCUGCAAGCUUGCAGCGAUGGCGCCUCACCGGAUGUCCUCGCUGGCGUUGCUCAACGUCACCGGCGGUGGGAUGGAGUGUUUCCCCAAGGUAGAUGCACAGAUGCUAUCUCUCGCAUUCCGGUUCUUAAGGGCGAGAACUCCGGAGCAAAGAGCUCUUGUGGACUUGGAAACCCACUAUACCAAGGAAUACCUUGAUGAGGAA